AUGAAAUUCCUAACCCUGACAAAUCUGACUGUAGUCACAGAGUUUUUACUCUUAGGUUUUCAAGGCAGUCAACAUUUGAGAUAUCUCUUAUUCCUUCUGUUCUUUGUUAUUUUUGGUGCCACAAUAUGUGGAAAUCUCUUAAUCAUCACUCUGGUGUCCACCAGCAAGAACCUCCAAUCUCCGAUGUACUUUUUCAUCUCACAACUCUCCAUCAAUGACAUCUUGUUGCCCACAAAUAUAGUCCCCAAAAUACUCCACAUCUUGCUGAAAAAUGGAGGAACCAUCAGUUUUAUUGCCUGUAUGACACAGUUAUAUUUUUUCUGUGCUGCAGAAAUAGUUGAAUGUCUUCUUCUCACAUUGAUGUCUUAUGACAGAUAUAUGGCCAUCUGUAAUCCCCUCCGUUACACCACCAUCAUGACGAAUGCAUUUUGUGUUAAGUCAGUCACUAUGUGUUGGUUUUUGGGUAUUAUUGUUUCACUUAUUUUCACCAUAACACCAUCAAAGCUAUUUUUUUGUGGACCCAAUAUCAUUGACCAUUUAUUCUGUGAUCUUCUUCCCUUACUAGAACUUGCCUGUUCUGACACCUUCAUUUUUCACCUAGAGAUUUAUUUAAUAGGCUUUCCAAUUGUCUUCAUUCCAACCGCACUCAUUGUAGUGUCUUACAUUUGUAUUGUUUUUGAAAUCUUAAGGAUCCCAUCCAGUACUGGAAGAAAGAAAGCCUUCUCCACCUGUAGCUCCCACCUCAUUGUGGUCUGCAUAUUCUACGGGACUCUUUUCAGUGUUUAUUUUAUUCCAAGAACUGGUCACACAUGGCAUGUUAAUAAACACCUCUCCCUGCUAUAUACUGUGUUUACUCCAUUGAUUAAUCCCAUUGUAUACAGCCUGAGGAAUAAAGACAUUAAGAAAGCCGUAAAUAAAUAUUUCAUUUAA